AUGCGUCAGCUGAAGGGCAAGGUGAAGAAGGAGUCCUGUAAGGAUAAGAAGGAGCGGAAGGCGGCCAUCUUGUCGGCACGGCAACAGGUGCUGACGGUGGUGGUUCCCACGCUGGUCGGACUCGUCAUCGCCAUCGUGCUCUUUGUUUACGUAGCAACCAGGCCAGCGGACACUAUGGAGGAAGAAGGUAAGAGGGUGUGUGUGGGAUAUGAGGACGGCUCCGUGCGGCUCUGGGACCUGAAGCAGGGAAACGCCCUCCACGUCAUCAAGGGCAGCGAUGGCCACCAGGGGGCUUUGACAUGUCUGGACGUCAACAAGGACGGAACUCUGGUGAUCACCGGGGCAACGGACGGCCAGGCCAAACUCAUCAACACAAACACCGGCAAGGUGGUGUGUUCGUUCUCUGUGGACCCUAAAUCCAGAAGACCAGAUGACGAUGAGGAAUCCAACUCAGUAGAAUCAAUCGGGUUCUGCAAAACGUUGCCCCUGGUAGCGGUGGGCUAUCUGGAUGGAACUCUGGGGGUGUUUGAUCUCUCCACUCAGACGCUCAGACACAGAUGCCAACACCAGGCCGGUAUAGUGCAUCUCCAAUGGGAGGAGUCCUCCUCAGUAGUGGCCACCUGUAGUCUGGACGGGGCGGUUCGGUUCUGGGACGCCAGAUCAGGAGCUGUGGUGGCGACAUACAGAGGACACACUGCAGAAAUACUGGACUUCACACUCACCAGAGACGCCUCCAUCGCCAUGACAGCAGGAGGAGACCACAAGGCCAACGUUUUCUGUCUGCAGAGACCCGACCGCUAACACCAGAACCAGAACCAGGAACCUAGAACCAGGAACCCAGAACUGAGAACCAGGAGACCUGACGGCUAACCGCUAACCAGAACUAAGACCCUAAACCAUAAACCCACAAUAGAACCACACCACAGACCCCACCGCUAUCCAGAACCCUUAACCCACAUCACAGACCCUGUUGCUAACCGCUAACCAGAACCCACAACCACAGAACCAGCCGCUAACCGCUAGCACCAAGAGACUGCUAUCGAAGACCCA